AUGAACCACAAUAAUCAUCCCAACUUGCCUUCGGGCAUGGAUACUGUGACGGAUCCUCUGUCUGAUCCUCUCUCUGUCCUCCCUGAUGGAGCUGAGUCUAUGCCAGCCCAGCAAGGCUUCUCUCACGACAGUCAUCCUGCUCUACCUGCCGGCGGCCCUCCCAUCUCCAUCCCAAGCCACUCUCUCUCCCCCCUCCUGCCAUUGAAGUUCACGUUAACCCUGCUGUAUUCCUCAGAGAGUUCUGUUUCCAUCCUCCCAUUUGAUAUCUCAUAUUCUCUUGACCGUUUUCUGGACUCACCUUCUCCCGUCUUUGAAAACAUUGACACUGCUGGUGAUAUUGAAAACCUCCCUGCUACUCCUAGUGGGCUUCACAGUCUACCUUCCACUGUCGAUCCUUCUCUUGCUGUCACACCCUCUCCUGUCUCUGCUCACCCCGAACCUCUCAUCCAUACUGAAGCUUCUGUUUACGCUGAGUCCGCUGUUCACGCCGAAGCUGCCACUCCUGCUGAACUUGCUUUUGAUGCUGAACUUGCUGCACACGCUAGAGCUGUUUCCCGUGCUGUAGCUGCUGCCCACGCUGAAACCUUUGCCCGCGCUGAAGUUGCUGUCCAUGCGAGAGCUGUUGCCCACGCUCAAGUUACUUUUCAAGCUGAAACUACUGCCUUCGCUGAAGCUGUUACUUGUGCUGAAGUUGCUUUUCACGUUGAACUUGCUGCCCGAGCUGAAGCUGUUGCCCGUGCUGUAGCUGCUGCCCGCGCUGCAACAUUUGCCCGCGCUGAAGUUGCUGCCCACGUUGAAGCCGUUGACCGCGCUCAAGCUGCUCUUCAAGCCGAAGCUGCUCCUGACGCUGAGCUUUCCCCCACUCACACUAUCACUCCUACUCAGAGCAACACUAAUCCGCUUCUCUCAGAUAGCUCUCACCUCGAUCUAAGCAUCAUGCCAGAAUCGACCAACAUGGAGAACCAACAGCGCGCUCAAUGGGAAGAUUCGCCUCCUUCCCAUCCCAUCGUGCCCCCCGGCGGCCAAAACCCCAGCGCCUGGCUCGAAGCACGCAUCCAAGCGUCCGAAAACCAGCUGCUGGCCAUGAUGGCCACGAACCACAAUGACCCUCCGCACCAUUUCACCAACGACGAUGAGAUGAGCGACCUGGGUCUCGACGACCUCGAUGACCUGUUCCAGGAGAUGGAAACCGGCACAAAGGCUGCCAAGAAGCAAAAGCCAGCCGGCACCGAGCGUCUCAGCAAGCGUGUUAAGAAGAGUAACACGUCUACUACCGCCGCCGCCCCCGCCGCCUCCUCCACCCACAUGCUGCGCAGCAGCACCACCCAGAAGACGGCGGAGUCCACCGCCAAGGCCACGAAGGGUCUCUGA